AUGCAUCCAAUCAUUGUACUACAACCCGCAUACACUAUACCCCGUGUAAUCCAUCCACCCUUUGUACGAGUAGCUACUGUAGGCGCCCGCACAUACAUUUUUUGUACCCGCGAAAUUGAUUCCGCGAUCGUAUCGACAAAAGGCGCCCCGAUCAAGUUCCCUCGAUCACGAUCGCGUGUCUCUGCCGAGGAAAGACCUUUGCACUUCAUUGGACACUCUAUCGGUGGGCCUACAAUAAUCAAGCUGCAACAUCUCCUCAACGAAGGCCAUUUUGGUAAAGAUGGCGACCCGGACAUGAUUCUUUCCGUCAAUGCUGUCUGUGCUCCAUUUCGGGGGACACAGCUCGUGUAUACCCUCGGAGAGAGUACGACUUCAGCCCCUUCCGUGCGAGCACUUUCAAUAGGAGCAGCGCUCUCGAAACUGAUACAUGUUCUCGCGUACUUCUCACCCAUCUUGCCUGCAUCUCUGGACGUCCACGCAGACGCGCGUUUGUUGUCAUACAAAGAAUCUUCCUUUGCUUCGUUCGUAAAGCAUCUUUGGAAGAGCGAUUGGGCUGAAAGUGAAGAUGCAGCCCCCUAUGAUAUGACAUUUGAAGCCGCUGACGCUCGUGAGGCCGCUCUGGAAGGCCGUGUAUACCCCAAUACCUUUUACCGUAGUCAUGUUUCUCGCAUGACGCGCAAAUUAGACGCAGAUCCAGGCGAUCAUCGACACCCUAUCGGCCUCUUUGACUAUUCUGUUCUCAAGCCACCACCUUCCUUCUCCAGCAUCGGAACUCCGGGGUAUAAAGACGAUGCUAUGUUCCCGACUGAGAGACUAGAAGUCGAAGGAGAAGAAUACUGGGCUAAUGACGGUAUCGUGCCUGUUUUUUCCCAAUGGCAUCCUCUUUCUUGCGGGUGA